AUGGGAUCUACUGUCCAUCUGCCGGCGAAGACGUUGACUGCUGGACUUGAAUUCCAGGACAAGCCCUAUGACUUCUCGCACGACGGGCCGGGAGAAGUGUUCAUAAAAAGUGUGUCCCGCGUUCGUACAUUUAUUGAGGAGAAACUAUCAACAUUCGCAAGCCUUGAGACUCUCGUGAAGCUGUCGCUCGGCGAUGGAUCCCGAUACAUGAGUCCACCGAUUUUCAUAGACGCCCGCUCACAUGAGGUCAAACUUCUCGAGUCUGCUCCCGAUGGCGUCGAACCAGGUAUUACAGUGACCAUCAUGCCAGAGUACGUUCUCGACGUCAUUGAAGGCCGCAUGCAUCCCCAGCAGGCAUUCAUCAGGCGAGCUAGGCCACCAUACCUGGGUCCCUUCCCAAUGUACUUUACUCCAGGUGGCCGUCCCAGGCCUUUGUCUCAGGACGAUCAGCAGGCCUGUAAGGAUCUCCCAAAGGCUACAGAGGACAUGGAACAGAUCAAACGCGACCUCAGGAGAUGGGGCUACGGAUUGGUGCCAAACGCGUUGUCACCAGAUCAGGCCAAGAUCCUAAGAACUGCUGUCGAGCAACAGGCCGCAGGAGAGCAAGCUGCCGGAAUAGCUCAUAUGGACGGUAUGUUCAUGAAAAAGGGUGAUCAACCCAAUCAACGUGUCUGGAAUCUUCCCGGCAAGGGAGAUGAGUUCCUUGACCUGCUCAACCAUCCUCUGAUAGAUUCCAUCGUCCCUUGGUUUCUAGGCAGUGCUUUCACGCUGUAUUCAAUGACGGCUAACAUCGCUCGGCCUACACGCUCUGGUAUUUACAUGCACAUAGACCAGAUGGGUCUGGGGCCUCCCAUUGACCAUCCACUACUGCUGAAUUUCGUUUGGUACCUCAUGGACGCGACAGAAGAAAGCGGUGCCACGCGAUUGUACCCGGGAUCUCAUAGCAAGGACGUUGCGCCUCCCACGUUCAACGAGAUUGGAGGUUCUAUUCCAAUCGAAGUGCCAGCUGGCACGGUUCUUAUCCUGGAUAGCCGCAUUUGGCACUCGGUGGGAAUCAACAGGACAGAAGCGAUCCGGCCUGCCAUUCUGCAAGCUUUCUCUCGAUUCUUCAUCCGCAGUAUAGAGAAUUAUCCCCAGCACUUGGGCGAAGAAGUUAAAGAAAAAUUGUCCGAUCGACAGCUUGCGCUUCUGGGGUUCCUUGUUCCAGUGCGAGAACGCGGUCAUCCUCAAGAGGUUUACACGGCUUACAAGCUACCUGGCGUGGAUGCUGGCCCAUUGAGGGACCCAGCGAGCCAUUGA